AUGCACAUCCUGGCCUCUAAUACAAACCCACUCACUGUCUCUGUCAACGACGACUACUUUGCCUUGACAGAGAAUCUCGUCGAGGAUGCAGACACCACUGGGGAGUCUUCUCACCUCUCAGAAUCAUCCUCUCCUACGGUGUAUAGAAAACGCGCCCGGACCCCUACUGCGCUCGACAUUUGGGCAGUGAUGGAUAGAAACAUAGUCGUUUCAGAGCGCUCUUUUACUGCCGAGCCCAACUCAGAACCUCGGGACUUCAAAAUGUCAGCCCCACUUCGCGAAUCGAACGAUGCGGAACCUGACCACGACAAACCGCGCAAUAAGGGCGCCACCGAUAGAGAGCUUUGUGACAGCGAUUUAGCUUAG